AUGCGAAAAAUCUACGGCAAUUACAUUACGCAGAAGCGUCUCGGUUCAGGAAGUUUCGGAGAGGUUUGGGAAGCUGUCAGUCAUUCGACCGGACAAAAGGUUGCUCUCAAAUUAGAGCCCCGAAACUCUAGUGUUCCACAAUUAUUUUUCGAAGCCAAGCUAUACUCAAUGUUUCAGGCUUCAAAAUCCACAAAUAAUAGUGUAGAACCAUGCAACAACAUUCCAGUUGUUUAUGCGACUGGUCAAACAGAGACAACUAACUACAUGGCGAUGGAAUUACUUGGCAAGUCUCUGGAAGAUUUAGUUUCAUCGGUCCCUAGAUUUUCCCAAAAGACAAUAUUAAUGCUUGCCGGACAAAUGAUUUCCUGUGUUGAAUUCGUUCACAAACAUAAUUUUAUUCACCGCGACAUCAAGCCAGAUAAUUUUGCGAUGGGAGUCAGUGAGAACUCAAACAAAAUUUAUAUUAUCGAUUUUGGACUUUCCAAGAAGUACAUUGACCAAAAUAAUCGUCAUAUUAGAAAUUGCACAGGAAAAUCACUUACCGGAACCGCAAGAUAUGCAUCAAUUAAUGCGCUCGAAGGAAAGGAACAGUCUAGAAGAGAUGACAUGGAAUCUUUGUUAUAUGUCUGGGUUUAUUUACUUCAUGGACGUCUUCCUUGGAUGAGCUUACCUACAACAGGUCGCAAGAAGUAUGGGGCCAUUUUAAUGAAGAAGAGAUCAACGAAACCCGAAGAAUUAUGUUUAGGACUUAAUAGUUUCUUUGUAAACUACUUAAUAGCAGUUCGCUCAUUGAAAUUUGAAGAAGAACCAAAUUACGCGAUGUACAGGAAAAUGAUAUACGACGCAAUGAUUGCUGAUCAAAUUCCUUUUGAUUAUCGCUAUGAUUGGGUCAAAACGAGAAUUGUUCGCCCACAACGUGAAAACCAAUCACAGUUGUCGAACGUCAAGAAGGAAAAUGUCCAAACUCAGCUGAGUUUGAUGGUUUCUCCUCCAUCAAAGGAUAUUCUUCGCACAGACAAGUACAAAGCACCCGUUUCAUCUAGAGAUGUCAUUAAGGACAGUAGUUCAAGUACAUCAAAGGAUAUUUUGCAAUCAUCAACCCUUGAUGAAUCAUCUCAAGAUAAAAAGCCAAUCAAAGCUGUCGAAUCGAAUCAGAAACCAUAUACACCGCCACGUACAAUUAAUACUACCGAAACAAGAAUGAGAUCAAAGACUACAAUCAAUACUGCAAGAACAACAGCAAAGAACUCUUCGGCAGUUAAGAAAGAAUCGUCAGCAACAAGGACUGUUAAGAAAGAAACACAUCCUGCAACUACAAAAACAACAAAAACUGUAAAUAGACAAUUGAACUCUUCUACAACGAAACCGGCAACUACGAGCUCUCACAAAGACUCAGAACCGGCUUCAUCAAGACGUACAUCACCUCUACGUUCAAGUCGCCGCCAAAAUGACGGAAUUCGCCCUGCAAAGGAAAGAACUGCGCUUUUCACAGCUACAGCCAGUAAGCCUCCGGUAUCUUACCGUACUGGAAUGCUUCCGAAAUGGAUGAUGGCUCCUCUCACAUCUCGUCGCUGA